GUUCGGUUGCUGCCCCUCCCCCAGCGGCGACCCCGGAGCGACCCCGGAGAGAGCCCGAGGUCCCCCUGGCUGUCCCCGAGGCGGGCAGUGGCCCUGGGGGUGGCGCUGGUGGCCCCGCUGUCCCUGUCCCUGUCACUGUCCCUGUCCCCAGGUCCCCCCGGCUGUCCCCCCGGCGGGCAGUGGCCCUGGGGGUGGCGCUGGUGGCCCCGCUGUCCCUGUCCCUGUCCUGUUACGCGCUGGCCGAGCCCCCCCAGCGGCGCCGGGCGCGGCUCCUGCUCCAGGGCGUGGCCAGGUUCUGCAGGUCGCUGUCGGUGGGGCUGCACAUCUCCCUCGAUUAUUGGUGGACAACGAACGUGGAGCUCAGGGGGAUGGACCAGGACAGCCCUGAUUACCUGUCGGCCAUGUCGUGCUGUCACCGCCGCGCCGGGCAGCGCCUCCUGCAGGGGGCGCUCUCCAACGGGGGGCUCUACGUGAAGCUGGGCCAGGGGCUGUGUGCCAUGGACCACCUGCUGCCACCCGAGGUGACAGGGACACUGCGGCCGCUCGAGGACAGCGCCAGCCCCCGGGGGCACCAGGAGGUGGACGAGCUGUUCCUGGAGGAUUUCCACACCACCCCUUCCGGAAUGUUCCGUGAUUUUGACUACGAGCCCGUGGCGGCCGCCAGCCUGGCCCAGGUGCACCGGGCCACCCUCCCCGACGGGACACCUGUGGCUGUCAAGGUGCAGUACCUGGACCUGCGCGAUCGCUUCGAGGGUGACAUCCGGACCCUGGAGCUGCUGCUGCGCCUGGUGGAGUUCAUGCACCCCGACUUCGCCCUGGGCUGGGUGCUGCAGGAGCUGAAGGGGACGCUGGCCCUGGAGCUGGAUUUCGAGAACGAGGCGCGGAACUCGGAGCGCUGCGGGAGGGACCUGGGACACCUGAGAGGGGUGACAGUGCCACGGGUGCACUGGGGACACUGCAGCAAGCGCGUGCUCACGGCCGAUUUCUGCGAGGGCUGCAAGAUCUCCAACGUGCAGGGGAUCCAGGAGCUGGGGCUGGGGCUGCGAGACACCGCAGAGAAGUUGAUCCAGGUGUUCGCUGAGCAGAUUUUUUACACCGGGUUCAUCCACGCGGAUCCGCACCCCGGGAACGUUCUGGUUCGCCGCGGCCCCGACGGGAAGGCUCAGCUGGUGCUGCUGGACCACGGGCUCUACGAGACCCUCAGCGAGAGGGACCGGGUGUCGCUGUGCGGGCUCUGGAGAGCGAUCGUGCUGCGGGACCACGGAGCCAUGAGGGAGAGAGCGCAGGAACUGGGGGUGCAGGACUAUUUCCUGUUCUCGGAGAUGCUGAUGCAGCGCCCCCUGAGCCGCCGCUCUCCCCUGCUGGGCGCUCACCUGGCCGGGGCCGGGCGGGGCCGGGCUCACCUGCAGGGCUCACCUGAGGGACACCUGAGCGGGGAGGAGCGCGGCUACAUGCAGAGCAUGGCGGCCACGCGCUUCCCGCGCAUCCUGCAGGUGCUGCGCGCGCUGCCCCGCCCCAUGCUGCUCGUGUUCCGCAACAUCAACACGGUGCGCAGCGUGCACGGCGCCCUGGGCGCACCUGCCGAUCGCUACGGCAUCAUGGCGCGCAGCGCCGUGCGCAGCUGGAGCCGCCUCCGGGGGGGGCCCGGGGGGUCCCUGCGGCAGCGGCUGCACCUGGGCUGGGAGAGCCUCAAGUUCGAGCUGGCACUCAGGUUCGAGUGGCUCCGGUUCCGUUUGGCCGCGGUGGCGCUGAGGCUGCUGAGCCGCUGGGGGGCGCUGCCCCUCGGGGAGCACCUGCAGCACCUGCUGAGGGCCUGAGGGGGGCAGGGCCCCAAACACACCUGGGCACACCUGGGACACACCUGAGAGACGGCUGGGACACACCUGAGACACAC